AUGGAUGUUUCGAGGCUGAAGGUCGCAAUCCCAAGCUACCAGAUCACUGAGGAAAAUGGGCCGGUGGCCUACGCAAUUGCUGUCGAGUACGGCAAGCUCUCGUGGGAUGUGUGGCGUCGUUACAGUCAGUUCGCGCAGCUGUACCGUGACUUGGAUCGGGACGGCUACUGCGCCCUGCCAUCGCUUCCAGGCAAGACGCUCGCCGGUGCCCCCUACGAUCCCAGAUUAUUGGCGGAUCGACGACACAGGUUGCAAUAUUUCCUCUUGGAACUCCUGCGACGGCCAGACACGCGCACCGCUCCGGCAUUGCUCGAUUUCCUCCUCUUCAGUGAACAGGCCAGUCUGAACAUCCCGCCGUUGCGGCCGUGGUGCGUGUGCAACACGGGAGCACAGCGCUUCGCCGUCUCUUCACUUGUCUACUCACGCUCGAACCGGGUCAUAAUCGUUGGUCAUGAGGAUAAAACAGGCUUAUCACGUCUCGGACGCCUGUGGAGUCUUGUCGAGCCGGACGAGUUCGGCAUGAUCAAUGUCUGGGCAGUAGACUGCAACAUGGACUCACCAUCCCUUAUGCAAUGCAUCAAGACGCAGCCAAAGGUUCGCUGCAUGUUCUACGAUGAGCCGAGCAAUCAGCUCUUUGUCGGGCAGGACGACGGCAAGGUUUCGGUGUACAUUUUGGACGCGGAUGAGUUGAAACUUGAGAAGGUGAAGGAACUUGACCUCCACACGGCAGCUGUCAUGCAUUUGGCACCAGGAAAAUCAAAACAGAAGCGGCUUCUGUCUCUUGGCUUCGACGGCGCCAUUCGCGUCAUCGAUAUCACCACACAUCAAAUGCUCUCAGGAGGGCGGAUGACGCGGCGGCUGGGAAGUGGAGCGCACCUGACUGUGGGACACUUCGACGACGAGAAUGACACGGUGUAUCUAGGAACGUCGGGUGGACAAGUCCUUGUAUAUGCCGUGAAAAGCAAUCCCCCUUCGUUCAUUCAAGGUCUUACCGUCCACCCGGUUUAUCCUGUGGAGACGCUGAUUGUUGAUAAACAGUACAUGUUCCUAGGUCAUGGAGAGUACGUCUCGGUGAUUAGCGUGGAGCAGAGGCGGACUGAACAGAAGUUCUCGAAAGUCGCCGUUCUAACGCUAAAAGAGAACCCGUCCCCUGUGUUAUCCAUGGUCUACGACCCAAAGGAGAAGCGACUUCUCGUCGGCUACGAUCCGGCGAUCGCGUGGUGGUCGAUUGAAAGCGGACAGCCUCUCUGCGUAUGGGAGGCACAUGGCGGAGGGGUCCACCAGCUGUUGCUCACAGACAGAAGUGACAUUGUUCUUUCCGGAGGAGACAGUGGCAACUCGAAGAUAUGGCGACUUCCGCCAGCUCAGGACCUUCGUCUCUGGCAGCCACCGGCUGCAGUGGAGCAACGUUCCGGGGAAGAGACGGGAAGUGGUGGCUGGAGAGAGGCAGAUGAAAUCGCGAAUUUUUCUUCGUCGCGCGACGAGGAUGAUGGUGAAUCCCUGCAUGCUGGUUGUCCUCGUGAAAAAUGGUGUGGGACUCAACAUCCGCAAGGAUAUGAGCCGGUGGCCAUUGGGCGCAGCAGCAACAGCCUCAGUCCAGGCAGUGCUAGGGACGAUCGCGGUGUCUUAAGGUCAGACGAUUAUGACACUCCGGAGAGAAGUGUACAUGUGAAUGAUGCGAACGGGAGAGGGAAAGGACGAUGUGCGCUUUCUGGGGACGAUCUCAUGGGCUCACGAAUUACGAAAGACGAGGAACCUGGCAGCGCCGCUCAAACUUCGGCGUCCGCACUGGGUGGCUCUGUUGUUCCACCGAAGAAGAAUUUCCCGACGCCGUUCGAGCCGAAAAGUGACGACGAUGAUGAUGAAGAUUUGGAUGAACUACGUAGUGCUUUUUCCUAGAGAGAAGAGGAAAACAAAAUCGUUACUAAGCUGGAUGGAAACAGGCAGAGGUGACGCGACUCACUCGUCCUCUGCACGGCUUGUAAGCGUUCGUGUGCCCUCUUCUUGAAAUAGGCUGAGAACCAUUUGUAAGGCUUUCGAAGUCCCGAUGGGACACGGAUACCACGGGGAACGCUGAAGCAGGUUUUUGAUGCUGGAUCAAAUGCAGUUCUCGUUUGGGAAGUUUUUUUCUAUUUCUACUCCAAAAGUACUUCUUGAUAUUCAGAAUCUCUGCAUACCAUUCAAGGGGUUCCCGACAGG